AUGGAUGAAAUAUCUGGGAAAGCAGUUGUUCUGGCCACUGGUGGUUUCAGUUGCGAUUAUUUCAAUGAAAGCUCUCUAUUGCAAGAAUUUGCCCCGGAAAAAGCUAACUUUCCUACAACUAACGGUCCCUGGGCCACGGGGAGUGGGAUUAAAAUGGCUCGAGCUAUGGGUGCAGCUCUCGUAGGCAUGAAAAAUGUUCAGAUCCAUCCUACAGCAUUUGUGGACCCGAAAGAUCCAGCAGCAACAACUAAGUUUCUUGCCGCGGAAGCUCUUAGAGGAAAGGGUGCCAUUUUGUUAAACGAUAAGGGAGAACGAUUUGUAAAUGAGCUGGGGCGCCGUGAUCAUGUCACUGAUAGAAUUUUGAAAUUCUGUGCUAAAAAUGAGGAAGCUGGUGACGCUCAUACUGCUUUCAUGAUUAUGGAUGAUCAAGCAGUAAACGAUUUUGGCCGCGCUUCAUUUAAUUUCUAUGCCACAAUUAAAGGUUUCUUUAAACAAUUCGACACUGUAGAAGAAGUAGCGAAUUACAUGAAAAUAGAAUCAUCCAAAUUGAAAGCAACUUUAGAUGAGUACAACGAAUAUGCUCAUUCAAUUUCGUCUAAGGAGGAUAAAUUCGGAAAGAAGAUUUUCCCAGUUGCUUUGGAACAUCUGCCUUAUUAUGUUGCCGUUAUCACUCCAGCUAUUCAUUACACAAUGGGAGGAAUAAAAAUUAAUAAAGAUGCAGCUGUGUACAAUGAAUUUUCGAAUAAACCAUUCAAGGGCUUAUUGGCUGCGGGAGAAGUCACAGGAGGUGUUCAUGGUCGUAAUAGGUUGGCUGGGAAUUCAUUGCUCGAAUGCGUUGUUUAUGGACGUAUAGCUGGACGCAAUGCAGCAAACAUACGUUAUUCUGCUUCUGACACAAUGUUAACACGCACUGAUUUAUAA